AUGAGACUCCGGAUCCGCGGCCCUAAUGGCCAGUCUGCCAUCACUCUAGAGGACACGGCAACUGUGGAAGAGCUACUGAACCAUAUUAGCCAAGUGACCACAUUAUCAUCAUUCGAUAUAAAAUAUGGAUAUCCACCGCAGCCUCUCACUCUCAGCCAGUUUGAUGCCAAGUCUAAGGUCAUAGAUAUAGGCGUCAAUUUGAAUGGGGAGCAGCUUAUCGUGAGUAAGAGGGAAGAGCCAGCGGGUCAACCGCAACCAUCAAACGACCAAGCAAAGGGGAGGUCAGCAGCACCACUUUCCCUCACCAAGAAGAAGAGCAGCAUAGAAGACAAUGCCCCCGAGAUUCCAUCCCCUGAGCAUGGGGGAACGAUUGUCCUUCGAGUCAUGCCUGAUGAUAAUUCAUGUCUAUUCCGCGCCGUUGGCAGUGCAGUCAUAGGCGCGAUGGACACUAUGACUGAACUACGAUCCAUCAUUGCCCAAAGCAUUCAAGCACAACCAGACUUCUACACUACUGCAGUCCUGGAAAAAUCCCCAGACGACUACUGCAGGUGGAUUCAGACUGAGCAUGCGUGGGGGGGUGGAAUCGAACUCGGUAUCUUGAGCAAACACUUUGAGAUUGAAAUAUGCUCAAUAGAUGUCCAGACUCUACGCAUAGACCGAUUUAAUGAGGGCUGUCCAACCCGCUGCAUUGUGGUAUACUCUGGAAUUCACUAUGACACCGUUGCCUUAUCUCCGUCCGAUGAACCCUACACCCAUGCAUACGCGCCACCAGAGUUUGACACCAGGAUAUUUGACUCGUCAGACUCGAUAAUCCUGGAAAAGGCCAUAGAGUUAUGUCGGAUAUUAAAGGAGAAGCACUAUUAUACUGACACCUCGAACUUCCAAAUUAAAUGCAACAUCUGCGGAGGACUCUUUAUUGGUGAAAAGGGUGCCACCGCCCACGCAUCGGAGACCGGCCAUUAUGACUUUGGGGAGGCAGGCUAA